AUGGCGAGAGUUUCUCCUUACUUACCAACAGAUCGUCAAUCUGAUUAUGCUUUGCUGGCCUUUCCAGAGAAGUUAUGGUGGAUUGUUAAUAAUCCUAAACGCGAAGAAAUUCACUGGAACACACAAGGAACAGGCAUCGUUAUUCCGAGCAUUCAGAGAUUCGUUUCAGAGAUUCUAAUCAAUCCAUCGAGCGCGCUUUUCAAGACAAAGCAUUUUGCAAGUUUUGUUCGACAACUAAACUUGUAUGGAUUUCGUAAAGUCACGGAAUAUGCAAAGAGGACGUCAACUUCGCCGUUAUCGUUCUUUUCAAAAUGUGAAUUUAAACAUCCUUUCUUUCGAAAGGGAAGGCGAGAUCUGUUGGUCCACGUAAAACGACAACUGUAUUCCACCAAGAAACCCGAACACAGACGACAAAAGAACCGUACCCCACGAGCAACAGAAAAACAGUUUGACCAAAUAUCUGGAUCCACUUCCCCUAGCGCCACAUGGAACUCUACUUUAUAUACACCUAUGCAAUUUUUCCCCCGGCAAACCUCGCUUCAAGUGCCUUUCACUUUAUAUGCACCGUUUGGCAAUCCUUAUCAGUUGGCUCAAACGCAGCAAGGACCAGUAGGAGGUUUUCCAAGCGUUCAGGGGCUUGGAUUGGCGGGACAGUUUACCCAAAGCCCUACGAACCCCUCUAUGAUGUGGACUCAGAGUUCGGGAUCUUGUGAAGGGAAUGUGAAAUCUGUUUCUUCCUCUACAUCCAUGCAUCAUGAAACCAAGAAUGCUGGGAUCGUCUCCGCCCAGGAAACUUUGCCAGUAGAAGCUGUUGAAAGUCUUAAGAAGCUACAUUAUCCAACGGCGACAGUAGCUCCAGUCUCCUCGCCAAAUGUUAUCAUAAACACAUCGAAUCCGUCAGUUGUUUCUGUUUCCGGAUCUAGCACAGCCCACAAUGCAUUUAUUCCAGGACAUUCAAGCGGUGCCCUGGGUACCAAGUUUACGUUAUCUGUUCCCAAUAACAACCCUGAAUUAUCUGAAGAAAUGACGCCUUCACCGAGGAGUGAAUCCGCUGAUUCAUCUGCCGCAUACUCACAAUCUUUCAUCGUUCAUGCAAUGCUAAAGGAAUCCACUGCAAAGCCUUUUGCGUCAUGCUCACAAACUUUCACAGUGGAUGAACCACUGAGGGAAUCCACUGUAAAACCGUCUGUGUCAGGCUCACAGUUUGAAGGGGAAGUAAGAUACGCUCACGGAUUGUGUAACAGCAAAGGGCUUCCAUUCAGUUCUGUUUAA